UUUUUCCAUGCAAAAUCUUGCUUACCUCCAAACUCCUAAAAACGCUAAGUCCAAAAACCCUCCCAAAAUUAUUGAACUCGGUGAAUGCUAAUGAAAUGAAAAAUGGACCCCCCCCCCUCCCCCUUUUUUGUAUAUUGCUCGAUCCAAAACGCCAAGUACAUACACAUACCCCAUACACUCUUUCUCUUUCUCUCUUUCUCUCCUCUUUUUUUUCCUUCUUUUUAGAGAGAGAAACAAAAAUAAUAAUUCACACCAUAAAAUUCAUCCAAAGUUAUAAGAACAAGAAGAAGAAUUAAAAGUUGUACAAUUUUUGUACCCUUUUUUUAAAAAAGCUAUUAAUACACAACAAUUUCAUUUACUCUUUUUAUUACACACUUCCUUUUGUGUUAUUAGUUUUUCAUUGUCAUUAUGAUGAGGUGACAACAAAAAAAAAAUUUACAAUAAUUUUGUAGAAAGAUUAUAAUGAAGAACACCAUAAGGUGUUGCAUAUCUUGCAUCCUCCCGUGCGGAGCACUAGACGUGAUCCGCAUCGUACACUCGAACGGCCGUGUCGAGGAGAUCUCCGGCACAAUACGUGCCGAAGACAUAAUGAAGGCUCACCCUAAACACAUCCUUAAGAAACCAACUUCUCGUUCGACAUCCGACGUCGAGUCGAUCGACUCGCACCACCGUGGGCCCACCAUUGUGGUGGUCCCACCCGACGCGCAACUCCAACGUGGGAAGAUCUAUUUUCUCAUACCAAUCAUCGAUCAUAAUAACAAUAAGAAAAAGACAAACUCAUCAUCAAAGAAGUCCACAUCAUCGCCGACCUCACCGUCGGUUGUUGCUGCCCCCGUGGGAUCGGGGGCAGCUUCAUCGACGGUGAGACGGAAAAGAAAGGAGCAUAAAAGUCGGAGUAAUUCGAUAUCAUUAGCAGCUGCUAAUAUUGUAUUAUCGUCUACAACAGAAGAAGAUGAUAAGUAUUUGAGUGAUAUAUUAAGUGAGAAAGUAAUAUCAAGUCAUAGAGAAAAAAGAAGAGGAAGAGUUGCAGUUUGGAGGCCACAUUUAGAGAGUAUUACUGAAACUCUUAGUGAAGCUGCUUCAAGUGAUCAUUAAUUUAAAUCAAUCAUAUCAUUUGGUGUGUUUUUUUGUGUUAAUUUUUUUUUUUUUUUUUUUUUUUUUUUUUACUUUUUCUUUUGUUUUUCUAUUGGUUAUUUGAUAAGUUUUUGAUUAAUAAUUAUCCAAUAGGGGGUCAAAGAAAAAGGAAAAAAAAAAAGGAAGAAGAAGAAGGUAUGUUAUAAGAUGAUGAUGAACAUUUUUGUGUAAAAAUGGUAAAAGUGAAAUUAAAUAUGCUUACAUGUUAAUUAUAUACUUUAAAGUUUAGUUUGAUAAAUUAAAUGGGAAAUGUUAAUUAAGUUGAAGUGAAAGCAAUUGUAUGAAUAUUGAACUUUUUUUUGUUA